CGCACAAAUAAACCUGUUUGGUUCGACCAGCUCCGGUACGCCUUCGCGGGCUCGUUUUUGGAGCGGAUCUAUCCGAGUGCUGGAACCUUUCGCUCGUGUUUGGAGCACUUUUGUUUACACUGGCGUAAAGUGGGUGACGAGUCUCACGGCCGGUGAAGAAGCGACAACUUGCUUGCAGCCGGAGUAGUUCUUGUGACUGUUAUUGUUGCUUUCCGAAUAUUUGCAUUACGCCACAAAUAACGCGGAUCGAGCCGAAAGUGGAGGAAAAGUGCUUCUGAAGUGGGAACAUGGAGCUGCAAGGCCUUCAAGAGUCACUGAAAGUAGAAGUCCAAUGUCAUCAGAAGCUCGCCGUUAGAAGUUGUCCUGUGGGGACGACCGCCAAACCCCUCUGCCUCAUCAAGCAGCCCAGCCAGAAUAUUGCCAUCUCUGUGGUGCCGGCGAAGACUCCCGUUUCCAUGGUGACGGCACACAUUAACGGACAAAAGGCACUGAGUUCUGAGACGCUUCAGACGUCCCCGACCAACCCCCAAACACCCGUCAGACAGAGCAUCAGCCGUUCACAGAUGUUUGGGGCACUCACAGCGAUCCCUAUCAAGGUGCCUCAUGUCAGCUCACUACAGCGACUCGCCGGACACUCAGACAGCGUGCUACCUCAGGUCAGGCCAAAGACCCUCAUUCCAGACAGCCUUCCUCUCAGCCCAUGCAGCGAUAUGCAGCAGUCGAGUCAGAUGUGGAGCGUGUCGCAGGGCAGGGCUGUGGUCAGUCCCAAGAGCCAGGGCGCAUCUCUGCCCACUGCCAACAGCACCGUCAGCCACGACAGACUGCCCAACACGCAAGAGGACAGCUCCUCACCACCCCUGUCCAUGCCUGGUGCAUCCAGCACCUCCGCCAGUGCCGGUGUGGCGUACGCUAUCAUCUCAGCAGCCUCACCCACGGCACACGGGGUGUCAGGAGUCACUGAAGCAAUUCAAGUUCAACCGCUGAUCUUUAGUCCAGACAGCAAGGUUAUAAUCAUUCAGCCACAGAUUCCCAGUAUCUCAAGAAGUUCUCCAGCCUCACAAACUGACAGUCCUGUAAAGGAGCCAAGUCCUGAUCCCUCGACUCCAGCCAAAAAGAAAGAGGAGGAUCCAGAGAAAAUUGCCUUCAUGGUUGCUCUUGGUCUGGUCACUACAGAACACCUGGAGGAGAUCCAGAGUAAAAGACUGGAGAGGAAAAGACGCAGUACUGCAAAUCCAGCGUACAGCGGACUGUUUGAACCAGAGCGGAAACGACUUGCAACAAAUUACCUGAAUGGUGCUAUGUUUCUGUCAGCAAGAGACUCUGACGAGCUGUGCUGGAAGGAGUUGCAGCAUGAUGAUCACUGUGCAGUGUGUAAGCAGGAAGGUGGUCUUCAGCCCUGUCACACCUGCACUCGAGCCUACCACCCCGACUGCCUGAACCCACCUCUCAAAACUGCCAUCAGGGGCAUGUGGAUGUGCCCCAAGUGCCACAAGAAAGUUUUGAACAAAGAGAAUUUGUCUUGGCCACAGAAGUUCAUGCAGUCGUAUGUUACACAUAAAACAGUGCGAGAGGAAGAAUGCAGGAAGCUCAUAAGGAGGAACACUGAACUGAAGAAAGAGUGUGAACAUCUGAGUGAACAGGACCAGAGACUCUGCAAAUCUCUCUCUAAGUGUAUGGAGCAUAAGGAGUGUCUGUUGGGUCAACAGCGAAACACUCAAGCUUCUCUGGAGCAUAUCAAAACUUUAAUCCGACUCAUCCAGCGAGAUCACAUGAUCCAAGUGACAAUGACGGCCACCACCACCAGAGCGUCGCUGCUCUCACUGCCCUGGAUCAAAGCCACCGGCAGCAGCACCAGCACCACAGAGCCUCACGCGGGGCCCUCUGCAGUACUUCACAAAAACAUACUGCAGCCACACAGCAACAACUGAUAACUGCCACGACAGCAGCUCGCUAAACACAUUCAUACAGAGACACGGACAGUGAUAUCUAACUAACGUGUUUUUUCUGCUUAGUGUAAUGUUACGAUAAAAAAAAAAAAAUUUAAAAUGAAAUUAUGAGCAUCACUUGAUUCAUAAGUAUUUUUUAAAGCAACACACGCAGUGCUCACAAGAUUUUUUUUACUGAUUUUUUUAUUUAUUUAUUUUUCUUGGCCUUAAUGUAUUUACAACUAAAUUACGAUGCCGUUGCAAAUAUAUCAAAUAAGUAUUCUACAUAGCUAGAGACUUUGUUUUUAUGCUUUGUGUUUUUUACUGGGGUUUUGAUGUGUGUGGGGGUGGGAUAAAUGUUGACAUAUAGUGAUUAGAGAACAUACGAGUAUUUGUAGUUGAAGUGACAUAUGAAACGGAGAGCACUGUACAUUGAGAUUUCCAAAUAGAUCGUUCAGAUUUUUGCCAUAUUAAUUCAGGUGAAAGACAAAAAAAUUGUUUCAUUGUGUGUGUGUACUUACAACAAAAAAUAUGUUUCUCAGUAUUAUUAGAGACAAAAGAACAAAGUAUUUAAGAUAAUGACAGAAUUCAGUCUUUUUAGUGAAGAAUUUAGUACUUUCAUUCCGAUGCCUGUUAAUAAAUUCAAAAAGUAUUGGACAGAGGGAUCGUUGUCCACAUUUGAUCUUUGUUCAUUUCAUUUUGGCUGUCCCGACAACAACAAAAACAACGAAAAAGGCCACGUACGUUCUUUGAGUGCCUGAUCCCGUCAUCCAAAAAUGUUCAUCUUGUUUCUUGAGGAUGCCAAAAACCCUAAACAUAUUUGUACCAUUAUAAUCUUUUCAUCUCAUAUUUCUUCACUGUCUGUGAUUUUCACAACUCACUUUUUAAGUGAUUCUUAUCAGAAAUUCCUUCUGGAAUGACCUAUACAGCAUGAUAGAUGUACCCUGCGAAGGCAUCAUUAGCACAGGUGAGAACGCAGCCAUGUGAGCUGAUCCAGAAAGCAUUUGUUUAGACUAAGUCUCUCAGUCUCUAUGUGACGUCAUGGUGGCGCCUGGAUCUGUCUAGCCGGAAGAGAGAGAAUGCAGAUUUGAAAUAUCUUCUUUAAACUCAUUAGUCAACGUUUAGAAGUACACUAGCAUAUCGAUGAUCGUAGAUAUGGACGAGAAGCAGCAGAACUGUCAUUUUGAUUUCACAGUGUCUUUAAGAUGGCACUGCAUGACUUGAUGUUGUGUUUUGUGACAUGAUGGUUAAUCUGUGACGUUAUAUUCACAUACAGAGGGAGUUUGAACGGAAGGUUGGAGUAUUGAUAUAGAGCGCUGAUUAAAACUGACUGGAGCUAUCUGAGCAUUAAUGGAUUUUAACGCACACUAUCCAGCCAAUCAGAAUCGAGUAUUCUGAUAGACCAUGAUAUAAAUAAAAAUGUGUAUUUGAAAAGAAUAAUACAUUAAUAAACAUAAAAUAUGGAAUCAAGUGCUGAUCGUGUAAUAGUUAAGUAUUAUAAUGUAUUAUAUCUACAGGGAACCGUUAUUCAUGACAGCACAUACUGGAUUACUAGGUGUACUAUUUUACAGCAUUAUGAAUACAACUCACACACCUUUAUAAUGCAUUUUUGAGAAAAGUAAUGUCUCAUUCGGGUCCUGUAUUUUCAGAUUCAGAAUGUAAAUUGAAUGCAUAUCAUUUGUCUGUUUUAUUAAGUCACUCCCGUUAGAUACUGAACAGGUCCGUUACUGCAAAAAUCAUCUUAUUUUCCAGUUGUCCCAAAUAUCACAACAUCAUUAAAACAAGAUACAUUUACUUGAGAAGCAGAAUAGAAUCAUGUGAUACUCAUUUGGAAAUAGUUUUAUAGUCUUGUGUUUAAAUGUGUAUGUAGUUUUAUUCUUGAGAACUCAAAUUAGCCUUUGAACUAGUUUCAUUCACAUGUUCCUUCUCGAGGAAAUGCAUCUUGUUUUAAAGCUAUUUUUACUGGAAAAACUGAUGAAGAAAUGCAUUUUUGCAGCGAUUAAAGACUGUUUGAGAGUGGCAUGUGAUGUAAAUAUCAGUCCUUUUCAUUAAAAACUAGAUUUGUUUUUUAAAUCAAACAGAGCUCUCUUGUCCAUCUCAUUUCCAAACACAUCACGACACGUUCACCCGCCGUUGCCCAUAUUCCAAAAAUAUACUCCGGAAGAAACUGUGCAGUGCUUAUACAGAUCUAUUUUACUACACGCAACACAGCAAUGAACAAAAAAUAAAUUAUAUUCUUUUAUCAAUGAACAAAUGUGGGGGGAAACGAUCAAAAAUGACCAUUUUUUAUUGUUUGAUAAUUAUGCAUUUUGAUUUGGCUUGCAAUAUGUGACUUGUUCUUUUACAAUGAAGCAAAUGAAAGUGGAGAAGACAUCACACAGAGCUUUUAUUUGUCAUUCUGAAGGGACUGUCCAGUGGAUGGUACAUAUAGAGUGUUUGUCAGACAUAUGCCAAUGUAGUUUUUACAUCAUCUUUAUGAACU